UUUUUAAAUAAACAGAUUUAUGGAAUAGAAAUUGUAUAUAUACACAUUGAAAUUAUGAAGAUAUUUUUGAUUAUGUCAAUAGUGACUUUGUUUUGCACAACAUCAUCUGCGGCACCACAGCAGGGCAAAUUUGUCAAAACAUUAACAUUAGGGAUUGUUGAGAUUCAACCAUUUAUGAAAACUUUAUACAAAGAUUCCACCAUUAAAAUCACAAUAAAUAGUAAAAAAUGUAAUCCCAGUGAUGCUGAAUUAAAAAUAGCAUGGACUGCUCGUAGUACAUCGUGUUUUGAAGAAUACAGCUAUGAUAUGCCAAGUGAACGACUCCAAAACUAUCUUGAGCAUCCAGAAAAGAAUCAGGUGGAGGGUGCAAGUGGAGAAUAUCAAAGUAAUAUCGGUGAAACCUUCAAAUGUGAUGCUACCAUGAUUUUAAGUGACUCUAGUAAGAGAGAUUGGAAGAAAUUCCCCAUAAAGCACACCAAUAUAUCAGCAACGACCGCACCUGCAAAGAAGACAAAAAGAGAAGUUGCAGAUCAAGAUUCAACAUCACAAGAUGAUACCAAGACUGGUGAAGCAAAAGGAAAAGAAGAGCCUAAGGACUCCCAACCUAAGGACCCUAAAAUUGAGGAAUCUCAGAAACCCCCAAAUUUGGAGACACCCAAGAAUCCAGGUCCAAAGCCUGAAGCAACGAAAACAACCACAACAAAACCGUCAACAUCAACUAAGUCACCUGAAAAACAUGUUGUUACAACGGUACAAAUCGUAGCCCCUUAUUUAUUGGUUGUUGAGAUUGCACCGUCGAAACCUGGUAAUACUUCAAGAGGCACCAUCGAAAUAACCGUUGAAAUGAAAUCACCAAAAGGAUACCUGUCUGCUCAUGAAUAUCCCCUCCUCACAUUUUAUAUGAUAAUGUGCAUUAUUUACUCUUUUUAUGCGGCUGCUUGGCUUGUCAUGUCAGCUUGCAACUUUCGUGACUUACUAAGGGUGCAGUUCUGGAUUGGUGGAGUGAUAUUGCUUGGAAUGAUUGAGAAAGCCGUAUUCUAUUCAGAGUAUCAUAGUGUAAAUACAACAGGAGAAUCUGUAAUUGGUGCAGCCAAGUUUGCCGAAGUUGUGUCUGCAAUGAAAAGAGCUCUUGCUAGGAUGCUAGUAAUUAUUGUGAGUCUUGGUUUUGGAAUCGUCAAGCCCAGGUUGGGGCCAAUGCUACAUCGUGUUAUUGGUGUGGGAGUUCUUUUCUUCAUUUUGGCGGUAAUAGAAGCUUUGGUACGCACUGACUCUUUAAGCCAUGAUCCUACUAGUGGAAAUUUGCUGUUUGCUCAAAUUCCUCUAGCUGUCAUAGAUUCAGUCAUUUGUUGGUGGAUAUUUAUGAGUCUGAUGCAAACAAUGAAAACUCUCCGCCUUAGACGAAAUGUGGUGAAGCUUUCCUUGUACCGCCAUUUCUCUAAUACGAUUAUAUUUUGUGUGAUUGCUUCAUUAAUCAUGAUUUUCUAUUCUGCUCGGUAUAGAGAUGAGUGUGUCACUGGCUGGCAAGAUGUUUGGAUAUACGACGCAUUUUGGCAUAUUCUUUUUUCCGUCAUACUACUCGUGAUCAUGGUGUUAUGGAGACCCAAUAUUAACAAUCAAAGGUAUGCGUUCUCUCCUCUUAUUGAUGGAGAAGAUGAUGAUGAAGGUGAAGCAGGAGAACCAAUGUUGGGUGGUGGGGCAACUGAAACUGUUAAAAUGCGAGGAUUAAAAAAUGCAGCUGAUCCAGCUCACAAUCCGAAUACAAAAGCAGAAGAUGAUCUGAAAUGGAUUGAGGAAAAUAUACCACAAACUGUAGCUGAUGCUGCACUUCCUGCUAUUAUGGAUUCUGAUGAAGAAGUGAUGACGACCAAGUAUGAAAUGAGUAAGAUGGAAUAAAGUAUUCUAUCUUUCUGACGAUUUGUCACACAACCUUGAUUCGCAUGAUGUCAUGGAAAUACUGUGUGUUUUUUACAAAUCAUCAUUGCAGUCUUGGUAUUUACACACCUCGCUUGAAUGUUUCCUAACUGUGCUCUAAGCAAACUUAAAGCUUAUUAUUUUCAAGUUGCUGCUGAACGGUUAUAAAAGAACAUAAAUCAGUGAAAUAUGAUAAAACUAUUAUUCACAGAAUAUGUAUGUAGGAGGCACUCAUAAUAUCGUUUUUUACAGUGCCUUUGCUCAUUGUCAAAUUCUAUGCUGUAUUUAAUCUAAAUAGGAGCAGGAAUUCAGGAAUUUUACGGUACAAACAUACGAUUUUUCCGGUAUAGUUUGUUACAUCUCUUAGCUAUGGAAUUUUUCCUACUUGCUUCUAUUAACAUGUAGCAGCCGCAGCAGCACCGUAUCUGUUAAAGUUUAGCUGUGUGGCUUCUAAAGUUCCACAAAAAAGUCAAUGCACGUGUAACAAAAAUAUAAGAACUUUUUUCAAUGCCAUGCAAUGUGCUUGCAUCCUCUAUGUAUAAUUUCCAAUACUAUCAAACAUAUAUAUAUAUAUUUAGAUUAUUUUUCUUCUGUGUUUUACAUGCUAAUUUAGUUUGGGCUAACUCUGUCAAAUUCACUUCUUAAUUCUAUUAGGUGGUGUACUAUUUGGCAACCAUAAUUUGUAUAAAAACAUAAUUGUGCAACAAACUUUUACAUAGAAUCUACCUGCUUGCUUUUGAAGAUAAUAAUUUGAUCUAUCAGAACUCAGAAGGGACCCCCAUUAUUUUUAUUUAUUGCCUUGCCAUUCAUUGAUAGGUAAGAUCAUUUUGACUAGGGAAAACAUGACAUAAUCCCCAGAAAUGAUUGUGGUUUUACUGCAUUAUAAAUAUGUAUGGAAUUUACUUUGUUUUCCGCAUUUAUAAAAUAAAAAUGGUGAAUUUGAACGAGUUCUGCUGUUGGUGAAAAAAUUUGAUUCAAGUCAUGUCGAUGCACCUGAAACAAACGAAUGGCCAACUAUUUCCAUACCUGACAUGGACUGUAACCGAAUGAGAGGCUGUGGCCAUUAUGAUUAGGCUGUCUCCUCUCCCCCGGGAAUAAUUGUGAAAAUACUGUCCUAAAACUGCAUGCACCGUUAUAUUAUUUGUCUUGCAUUUUUUGUUAUUUAAAAAUAAAUUUGUUGCCCAUAGUCUAUCACAAUUUUCUUAAUGUCAUAUUUUAACUUUUUCACAUAUCCUACAUUGAUGGUUCCCAAAUAAGGUAUUGAAUUGUAACGAAUCCAUCAUACACCCUUUGGAACCUGAUGGAUUUUCCCUUUUUUAUUUCAGUCAUGGAUAAAUUACACACCAAUUUCCAAGAUGUUACUUACUUGGUUGAAUCUGCA